GUGUCACUCACUACUAAAAAAAACAUCAUCUCGCCAAUAAUAAUUAUUCAUCUCUCCAAAACCCUAAACCCUGCAACACUUUCAACGAAGAAGAAGAAUGGGAAAGAUUCCUCCUUCAUUCCGUUCCGCACUCUCAAACCCAAACCUAAUCAAACCAUCUUCAUCGCUUCCAUCUUCUUCCAAACCCCGCCAUUUCCCCAACAAAACCCCCUCCAAUUUCCCCGCUAAAUCUCGAAAACCCCAACAACAACAACAACAACAACCUCAACCUCCAAAACCCUUAUCCCCAUUCAAAUCCCCAAACCUCCAAGACGCUAAAACCCUUUUCAAUUCCAUCGUUAACUCCUCAAAUGCCCCCAAUGAUUUCCGCUUCCAUAACUCCCUUCUUCAAUCCUACGCUUCAAUUUCCACCAUUAACGAUUCCAUCGCUUUUCUCCGUCACAUGACGAAAACUCAUCCUUUAUUCUCCCCUGAGAAAUCCACUUACCAUAUCCUUCUUACCCAAUCCUGCAAAUCCGCUGAUUCCGCUGAUUCCACUGAUUCCACUCUUGCCCCAAUUCAUCAAACCCUAAAUUUGAUGGUGUCUGAUGGUGUAAGCCCUGAUAAAGUUACUGUUGAUUUAGCGGUCCGGUCACUUUGUUCGGUUAAUCGUGUAGAUGACGCGGUUGAGUUGAUUAAAGAGUUGUCUUUGAAGCAUUGUGUACCUGACAUUUACACUUUCAAUUUCCUUGUUAAGAAUCUCUGUAAGUGCCGUACGUUGAGCUCUGUUUAUAGUUUUAUUGAAGAAAUGCGUAGUAAAUUUGAGGUGAAGCCUGAUCUUGUUACUUAUACGAUUCUCAUUGAUAAUGUGUGUAACACUAAGAAUUUGCGCGAGGCGAUGAGGUUGGUGAAGGUUCUCCACGAGGAAGGUUUUAAGCCGGAUUGCUUUGUUUAUAAUACAAUUAUGAAAGGUUAUUGUAUGCUGAGUAGAGGGAGUGAGGCGAUUGAGGUUUAUAAUCAGAUGAAGGAGAAUGGGGUGGAGCCGGAUCUUGUUACUUAUAAUACGUUGAUUUAUGGGUUAUCGAAAUCCGGCCGGGUCACUGAAGCUAAGAAGUUGUUGCGUGUUAUGGCGGAAAAGGGUCAUUUUCCUGAUGAGGUGACUUAUACGUCUCUGAUGAAUGGGAUGUGCAGGAAAGGUGAGACCUUGGCUGCAUUGGCGUUGUUGGAAGAGAUGGAAAUGAAGGGCUGCAGUCCGAAUUCAUGCACGUAUAACACGCUGCUACAUGGGUUGUGUAAGUCUAGGCUGUUUGAUAAGGCCAUGGAAUUGUAUGAAAUGAUGAAAUCGGAUGGUCUGAAGCUUGAUAUGGCUUCUUAUGCUACGUUUGUCAGGACUUUAUGUAGAGUUGGGAGAAUUGCGGAUGCUUAUGAAGUAUUUGACUAUGCAGUCGAAAGUAAGAGUUUGACAGACGUUGCUGCUUACACAACAUUGGAGAGCACACUUAAAUGGUUCCUAAAAGCAAAAGAAGAAGGCCUUAAAGUUUAAUCGGUGGUUUGUGUCAAAUGCUGUCAAGGAUGUAAAACUUAGUUUCAAAGGCUACAUGCCUAACUCAACAAAAUGCAUUCCGAAGCUGCUAAUACUAUUUUUGUAGGUACUUGAUUACCAGUUUACUUUUCCAAAUUAUUCUGUAAUAUUCUGCUUCAGCGGUCCUUAUAAGCAGCAUUUUUGUUUUACUUUUAUCAAUAUUCAUUUUAAUGUCAUAACUCAUAAGCCAUACCUGUCUUUGUAUGGGUAUGCAUAUAGAUAUAAAAUUAUGAAUACUUUUCCAAUGUAGCAAAAAGAUUGAGAUAUGAGAAAGGGAAAUGAGGAUAGAGGCUC